AUCCUGCACAGUCACAAGAUUAAGGAAAUCGUAGCAAAGUCCAACAUUUCCCCAUUACAUUCAGAAAACCCAAAAGAGAGGAGCUCAAGAACCCCCCAACACAACGUAAUGGGAGCCCAGAGAAUCCCCAAUUUUGAUAUCAUAAGCAGAGGAAACGCACUAUGCACGAUUCCAGUGGCUAUACCAGAAGUUCCAAACAUCAGUCAUAGCAAGAAGUUUCUUUUCGUGGCCGCUUUCGAACUUCAGGAAUCCUUACAAGAAUUGUUCAUCUGUCUUGUGAAUCUUCACCAGGACCAAACCCGAUUUAGGCCUGUAACUGAACUCGAUUCUGUCUCCAAUCGCCACGCCAUUAGCAGCCGCCAAGGCCUGCCAGCCACCACUGAAUCGUUUCUGAAGGCCCUUCCCUCCUGAGAUUACACGAACUGCCCACACUUUCCCACUUGAGUCCUGAAGUUGUGCAGUUUCCUUCAGUGACAGCUUCGUGGUUUCAGAAAAUCUCACCGGCCACAAAAUUACAACGUUCAUUGUGCUUCUUGUAAACCAUUUCGAAGGAAUCAGCCAAUCCUGGAGGAACGUUGUUGACAGAAGAAUGGCCUUUUCUCAGUUUGCUGGACUCUGCCUUCAUUAAUGGAGCUCCUCGCUUCCCUUUCAAACCUGUGUUUCCCCCC